GCCGCUUUCUACCCAUCAUCACUUGGAUUCUAUCAUUUCUCUCCUCUCUACACUACGCUUCAACAAGCAAACCGUCACGAUGGCUAAAAAGCGAGCAUUCUCUUCCGAAGAGGGAGACCGCGCUGGCCACAAACGCAUUCGCACUCGCACCAAAUCGGCCCCUGACGCGAGCGACGACAAAAUAAAUAAGGCUAUCAACAUGGCGUUGAGCAAAGCCAGCGUUGGGAAGAAAUACACCUGGAUGAACCGGGAGACCGGUACUCUUCAGAAGCCUGAACCUCCCGUCUACAAGACUAAGGGAAAAGAAGAAGAAAAAGGGCUUGCGGACUGCCCGGGAAGCCCCGAGUCAUACACCACUGCCUACACCACUGCCCCUCCUACAGUUGCCAAUGACGGCCCUAUACAGCCGAGCAUUGAGAACGCGUCUGGAGACGCACCCGAGGACUUCGACGAAGAGCUGGCGGAAAUGGAAAAGGCACUGGCUGACGACGAAGAGUCCGACGAGAUAGUGGCAGCUAUGGAGAAGGAAUUGGCCGAGGACCAGAUGCUCAAGUCUAGGUCUGGUAGCGGCUCCUCGGAGUCCCCUAUCGUUAUUUCCUCCAGAGAACCUAGCCCUGUCAACAUCCCGUCUAAAGAGGAUACGCCUACCAAAAACAUCACAGACUCGAAGAAGCCAGCCCUCCCGACUCCACCCAAGACGGACAAUGAGGAGAAGCCUGAACAGCAGAAACAGAAGAAACCGGCGAAGAAACCGGUGCAGAAGAAGCCUAAGCAGAAGCCUGUUGUCCAGGAACCCGAGGAAGACCCCGCCGUGGCGGAAGCUCAAGAGCGAGAAGAGCUGUUCGCCAUGCUAGACUACAUCUACCAAUUUGCCUAUUAGGAGGCAUUUCCGUUUCCCACUUUGACGUUCAUCCCAUUCACAGCAUCGGAAAACAAGCACGAGCCAGUAAGGCACAGGCCAGUGACGAAGAGACAAGACUUUACAUUCAAGGGCAUAGAUUGCAUUUCAUUACAUCAUCG